ACUAAACAACAGUGACCUUGAAAAUGUCUGCCCAAGGAGAGGUGUAUAAAAUGCCGUCUUCCCUUCCCUGAGCAGAAAAGAACAACAGCCGCAGAGCAAGCAAUUCAGCGGCCACAUUAUAUACUACAUUAUCCACUCCUCCAUUCGCAAUCAUAUAUACAGACCUUCCCCAAAAUGGCCCCCUGGCUGAGCAACAUCUACCCCGUCUACGGCGACCACGAAAGUGAGAAGCCGAACGAGGCCAUUCCGGUUGUUGACAACAAGAACGGUGACAUCAAUGCUGGCUUCGGCGGAAAGUAUGUCUGGCUCGUUGCAAACUAUUUUCACGACUCCGAGUAUGGCAUCGCCGAGAUCAAGGUAGUGAUCUCAGAGGACGAGAAGCCCGGCCAGCUGGACUUGGCCAAAGGGGCUGGCGGGCAAUACCGCUACUUGGAGACCUCGACCCAUGGCGAGUACGGUAUCUCUAGCCUGAAGCUCCUGCGAAGUGGGGAGGAGGUCACCAGUGAAAAUUUCAAGUCACAGGGAUUUCAUGGGUGGUCUUCGGACGUCAAUGCGGGCCGGGGAGGAGAUUAUCUCUAUCUGGUUUGGAAGAAGUGAUUCAUGGAUCUACAAGGUGGUGGUGAAGGGUGACCAGGUGGGAGCAUGGGGUGAAGUCUAUGGAUUUGCAUCCCUGGUACAACAAUCUGAUGGUCACUACCUCUGAAGGGCCAUCUUUUGUUUCUUGACAUGAGCAAGAAUAUGAGCAAUAC